AAACGUUCGAAUCCAGCUGUUUUAGACAGAGCCAUUAUUCCAUUGUCGCAAUCAUGAUCGAGGAGGUGGUUGUAGUGAAAGAGUGACAGUGCUGCCCUCUCCUGGAUACCGGAUGAAUGACACCGUGGGCAGGUCUGCUGUAUCAGAACAGUGCUCCAGUCAGACAUCUCCGGCAGAGCUGUGCCGUUCAUUUUUCUGAGGAGACUGUGGCUGGCUCGUGUGCGAACACUCAGAGGCAUUAAAUGAGCACUCAAUGACUCGUUGCAGUUUUGUCGACGAGUCUAUUUUUGAGCUAUGAGUCAGCUUAACACAGCUUGCCAGCUAGUGAUGUGAUCUGGAGGGAGAGCAAAGGACAACAGAGAACAUGGAGCUGUCAGACAGUCUGUUGCUGCAAGUCAACAAUGGAGAGCAGUGGUGUAACCGCUGGAAACAUCCCAGUGAUGACUCUGAUCGCAGCACUAGCCCCUCUGUCCUACGCUGUGUUGCCAGCACGUGGAAGGAAGGUCUGCUGAACAGAAAGAGGCCCUUCGUGGGCCGCUGCUGUCACUCUUGUACACCACAGAGCUGGGAGAAGCUGUUCAACCCCAGUAUUCCAUCUCUAGGAUUGCGAAAUGUCAUCUACAUCAAUGAGACCCACACAAGACAACGGGGCUGGUUGGCACGCAGGCUGAGUUACGUUCUGUUUGUCAUGGAGAGAGAUGUUCACAAGGACAUGUUCGCCAGGAACGUGGUGGACAAGGUGCUCAACAACAGCAGGGUGGAGAGUACUGUUGCUAAGGUAGCCACAGAUUUGUGCGCUGCAGCCAGCCAUCCUGGCCAGGAGCACAAAGCUGUCAGUAAACUGAAGCAGAAAGCCAGGGCCUUCCUGCAGGAGAUGGUGGCUAACAUUUCACCGGCAUUCAUCAGGCUGACAGGAUGGGUCCUCCUAAGGCUUUUUAAUGGUUUCUUCUGGAGCAUCCAGAUCCACAAGGGGCAGAUGGAGAUGGUCAAGAAAGCGGCUAUGGAACAAAAUGUGCCCAUGGUCUUCCUCCCUGUUCAUAAGUCCCACAUCGACUACCUGCUCAUCACCUUAAUCCUGUUCUGUCACAAUAUCAAAGCCCCACACAUCGCUGCUGGUAACAACCUAAGCAUCCCUAUCCUCAGCACCCUGAUCCGUAAACUGGGAGGAUUUUUCAUACGACGAAAAAUGGAGGAGACGGGGGACGGGAAGAAAGACCUUUUGUACAGAGCACUCUUGCAUGCAUACACAGAGGAGUUGUUGCGUCAGCAACAGUUUUUGGAGGUGUACCUGGAGGGUACACGCUCCCGCAGUGGUAAGCCAUCUCCAGCGCGUGCAGGCAUGUUGUCCAUUGUGGUAGACGCACUGUGCACCGGGUCCAUCACAGACGUACUGGUGGUGCCAGUUGGCAUCUCUUACGACCGUAUUAUUGAGGGCAACUACAAUAGCGAGCAGCUGGGCAAACCCAAGAAGAAUGAGAGUUUGUGGGGAAUAGCAUGUGGAGUGUUCAGGAUGCUGAGGAAGAACCAUGGUUGUGUUCGAGUUGACUUCAACCAGCCCUUCUCCCUAAAGGAGUACCUGGACACUCAGAGGAGCCGCCAUGUUCCACCACCAGUGUCCCUGGAACACACCUUGAUGCCCACCAUUAUUUCUGUACAGCCUGAUGCUCCUGUGUUUGAGGGGCAGGAAGAGGAGCAGAUGAACCCAGGGCUGCCUGAUGACCUCUACAGACGACAACUUAUUAACAACCUUGCCAAGCAUGUCCUCUUCACGGCUAACAAGUCAUCAGCGAUCAUGUCUACCCAUAUUAUAGCCUGUCUGCUGCUGUACAGACAUAGACAGGGGGUGGUGCUGUCCAAGCUGGUGGAAGACUUCUUCAACAUGAAGGAGGAGAUCCUGUCACGGGACUUUGACCUGGGCUUUUCAGGGAACUCAGAGGAUGUGGUCAUGCGUGCCCUCCACCUCCUGGGAAACUGUGUAAUUGUGACCAGCAGUGCAAAUCGCAAUGGAGAGUUCACUAUCGCACCCAGCCAAACAGUACAGGCACUUUUUGAGCUCAACUUCUACAGCAAUGGCCUUUUCCAUGUCUUCAUUUCUGAUGCGAUCAUUGCCUGCAGUAUCCUGUCACUGCAGCGAGAGCUGGUCGUGGAAUCUGAGUCGGAUCACCCAUCUGGUGUUCCCAGUAGCCGCCUCCUGAAUCAGGAGAGACUCAUCCACAAGGCUGCUGGGCUCUCCCGUGCUCCCAGUAGCCUCCUUCUCAGUCAGGAGAGAAUCAUCCACAAGGCUGCUGGGCUCUCCCAUUUCCUUAUCAAUGAGGUGGCUGUGGCACCUGAUGCAGUGACCCGGCUGAUCCAGUAUGGAGUUCUCUACGUAGCAGAGGAGGACCAGGAGGAGCUGAGUCCCAGCCCCACAGAAGAACCUUGGCCCAAAAAGUUCCCCGAGCCCCUCUCCUGGAGAAGUGACGAGGAGGAUGAGGAUAGUGACUUUGGAGAGGAGCAGAGAGACCGCUACCUAAAGGUGAGCGUCUCCACAGACCAUCAGGAGUUCUUCGUCUUUCUGCAACAACUGCUCAGUCCAGUGCUGGAGGCCUACAGCGGCGCGGCCAUCUUUGUCCACAGUCUGAGUCAGCCCAUGACUGAGUCCGACUACACCCACAGGCUCUUCAAAUACUUGCUCACCCGCACAGAGAGAGGAGUGGCUGCCUAUGGUGAAAGUGCCACUCAUUACCUGGUUAAGAACACAGUGAGGACAUUCAAAGAGCUUGGAGUCCUAAAGGAGAGAAGAGAGAACAAGGUGACCACUCUGGAGCUGAGCAGCACCUUUCUACCUCAGGCCAAUCGGAACAAGCUCCUGCAGUACAUUUUAGGUUUCACCUUGCUGUGACCAAGAUGUCUUUCAGCCCAGCUAAGACCCCAGUCUCCUUCCAAUAAAGGGCUUCUACUGGUUACUUCUAAACAAUCCCAGGUGCUACUCUGUGGAAAGCUUUACCAGGAAGUGCCUUCGCAUACAGUAAAGCUGCUAGCUGGAAGAGACUUGAAGCCAGUCUUCCCCUUUUGCUCCAGUCUGACUCCCUCUCUUAGAACUGUGCAGCUGAUAAAACAUGUAUCGUUACUCUAAAGGGGGUGCCUAUAGGGACUGACCUCUCUCUGUGAACUUUGUCUGUGAAAUCAAGAGGUUUUAAUAUGAAGAACUGUAGACUAUUAGAAAACACACUCAAGCUGGUUAGUAAAUAAACACUUUUACAGUAAUCUGAACUAAUUAAGAUGCCUUUCGUCUAUACAAAUAAACCACCAAAAUAUACAUAGAAAACCAUAGUAAAUAUAUCCAGCUCCAGAGAUAUUAUUUUAGGUCUUUCUGCUAAUUGGUAAACCUGUAUUCAGUGCACUCCAUGAUUAUACAGUAGAAAACAUGUUAAAAUGUAGUUUGAUGAAAUUUUGAGAACAAAUCAUUGUACAUAGGCCAAAAGAACAGUGUCUCUCGUUUGUGGUGCGUUUAAAUGCACUGUAGUGUCAUCAGAUUUAAUAAUAUAGCGCCAUUAGAAAGCCAGUCUCCAUGUAGAGUGUGUGCAUAUCCAAAUUUUCACUUACAAAAAUAUUUGUAGAAAUCAAAUCAUUCAUGUAGUUAAGGUCAAAACAAUAAGCAGCAACUCAGUUCAGCCAUUCAAAAGUGUGUUCUUGGCAAAUAUAAAAUGUACCCUUUGAAAGUCUGAAAUCACAAGCCUCCACAGUUAAGUGCAUUCAAACCGCUAAUAUCCAGGUGCAUUCAGUUACACAAUCCAUCAUAGGGUUUGAGUGAGUUGGAUUCCUGCGUUUGCAUAACAGCUGUUUUCAGUUUUCAACAAAUGUUACAUAACACCGCACUGAAAAGACUUAAUACCAGCCACGAUAUCCACUUGAGUUCAAACGCAACAAACUCAGACUCUUUAGUCAUGCCUUUCAGGGAAGCAGACAUAUGGGAUUAUCACCAUUUUUUUAUGUACUAUAAAUACAUUAUCAGAGGCUUUAUCGCAUGACUUCUGAGAGAGCAGUUUUUGCUCCAGUGGUUGGGCAUUCGUAAGACAAAAGAACCACUGUGUCUGAUCCAUUUGAACUGAAGGUGAGGUCUUUAGUGGCUGGUUAUUUGUGACAACGAGAUUGCGUUUCUGUUGUAUUGAUUUGAUUUGAUUUAUUUAUUCUUUCAAGCAUAUAAAGACAGUUGAUAUGUCAACACACAUAAUUUUACACA